AUCUUUGCCUUGUCAAUCCACUCUAAUCGACAUCAUCUCUCUCUAUCUCUCUCAGCUCAAAGUAAGAGAAAAAUGAUGAGCGCAGCAGCUCCGACGGCGUCGCCGUGGAACUCACCGGUGCCAUACCUCUUCGGCGGCUUGGCGGCGAUGCUGGGUCUCAUCGCCUUCGCUCUCCUCAUCCUCGCCUGCUCUUACUGGAGGCUCUCCGGCCACCUCGACGGCCAGACACAACAAGACGACGCUAAUAACUCCGCCACCGACGACGGAGAUAUCGAGCUCGGCCGCGGCGGUGCCACUGUUUCCGACGAGAAACCCAUUCCGGUUAUAAUGCCGGGUCAAAAGAACCCGACGUUUUUAGCCACGCCGGUCUCGAGCCGAGCCUCUUCUUUCGGAAGCAACGGCUUGAACAGCCGAGAAAUGGCCGAGAAAUCGGAGGGAGAUGAUCGGAGUGAGAAGGCGAAACAGCUGGGGAGUGGCGAUCAGGUACAAAUACGGACCAUGGAGACUCACGAUGAGAACUCAGAUCAGAUGUCUUAGAUUUGUUUUCUUUUAAUUUUACUUUUAACAAAAAAAAAAAAAAUUGAUUAUGAUUUUUGUUUAGGAAUGAUGGUGAUGAGAGAGAGGUUGUUAUGGGUAUGGGUUUGCGUGUUGGAUUCAUUCCCUUUCCUUCUCGUUCCCAACAUGUAAAUAUUUUUUUGACAAUUGAAAUCAAGAGUUGAGUUGUUUUUUAGUUUAA